AUGGCGGGAGGCAGCACUAGCAGGCAGCGGGUCCUGGACAGCGCUGCCCCCCGGCUGGCCUUCUCUGAGCCCUCGGCCGAGCUGCCGCGGGGGCGCCGGGGCGGGGAGCAGGGCCCUGACGCGGGCCACCCAGCCCAGGCCCUGCGCUGCUGCGGGCACCUCCGCCGCCAGUCCGGCCUGCCCUAUGCCGUGUCCUCUACCGCUGGACCCCACAGCCCUCUGGUCCUGGCCACUCCUGUGCCCAGGGCGGGGCCUCCCAUCCCCAUCGGCCCCUUCCGCGGGGCUCCCUCCCGAAGCCGCCGUCCUGGGGACCGAGCGACUUGCAGCGUGGGGGGGCGGAGGCGGCCGGGGCUCUCGGGUACUGAGCUCCGUGGACAGCGCGGGGGCCGCAGGGGGCCUCCGCGGUCCACUCGGGCUGCUGCCCCCUUGGGUGACGGCCCCGGGCUCCUGGAGGCGGGGAGGGGCACGCGGGCCCUCUGCGCAGGAGUCCCCGCCGCGAGUGACCGCCUGACGCCGCCCGCAGGCAAGGUGCCCGGCGACGACUGCCCGCUGGUGUGGGGCCAGUGCUCGCACUGCUUCCACAUGCACUGCAUCCUCAAGUGGCUGAACGCGCAGCAGGUGCAGCAGCACUGCCCCAUGUGUCGCCAGGAGUGGAAGUUCCGCGAGUGACCCUCCGCCCCCCCCCGCCCCCAAUAAAUAAAGCUCAUCUCGCCGGCGCCUGCCGCAG